CUGCCAGGUGUAUGGGACUUAGAUUCUUGAAGCACUGCACUGAACUGUUAAAGGUAAACUAUGACCACUUUGCUAUUAGUGAUUGUGUAUUUGCGAGUCAUCACUGCAGCCUUCUCUGUGGAGCUUUCAGACAAUGGUGAUGGACUGGAAGUGAGGAUACCUGAACAGUCUCCUCUGAAAGUUGUGCUGGGAAACUCUCUGAUUAUCCCCUGCUACUUCAGUGACCCAAUAGAUUAUGAUACCAUCUCUCCUCUGACCCCAAGAAUCAAAUGGAGCAGACUCUCUGAUGGGAAGGAAGUAGUCUUGCUAGUGGCCACAGAUGGGAAAGUUCGAAUCAACACUGAGUACAAGGAGGUGAUAUCUAUGCCCAAUUAUCCUGCCAUCCCCACUGAUGCCAGCUUGGAAAUCAAGGCAUUAAGGUCCAAUGACAGUGGGAUUUAUCGCUGUGGAGUGAUGCAUGGUAUCGAGGACAGACAGGACACAAUUGAGGUCAUAGUGAAAGGAGUCGUGUUCCAUUACAGAGCCAUCUCCACCAGGUACACCUUGAACUUUGAGAAGGCAAAGCAGGCCUGUAUUCAGAACAGUGCUGUCAUCGCAACCCCCGAACAGCUGCAGGCUGCCUAUGAAGAUGGGUUUGAACAGUGUGAUGCCGGCUGGCUGGCUGAUCAGACUGUCAGGUACCCUAUCCAUUUCCCUCGGGAGCGUUGCUAUGGUGACAAAGAUGAGUUUCCUGGCGUGAGAACUUACGGCGUUCGAGAGACUGACGAAACAUAUGACGUCUAUUGUUAUGCAGAAGAAAUAAAAGGUCAAGUCUUCUAUGCCACUUCCCCAGCGAAGUUUACUUUCCAGGAAGCUGCAGAGAAAUGCCACAGUCUUGGAGCCCGUUUGGCCACCACAGGAGAGCUGUACCUUGCCUGGAAGGGUGGCAUGGAUGUGUGCAGUGCAGGCUGGCUGGCAGACCAAAGCGUUAGGUACCCCAUCUCCAAGGCACGUCCAAACUGCGGUGGGAACCUGGUGGGGGUGCGGACAGUAUACCUGUAUGUCAAUCAGACUGGGUACCCUCACCCCCAUACUCGCUAUGAUGCCAUCUGCUACACAGGUGAGGACUUUGAAGGUUUGGUCCCGGAGAAUUUCACCGACGAAACAGCAGGUGAAUUGGGCAGUGCCUUCACCAUCCAAACUGUCACUCGAACUGAAGUAGAGCUACCUCUCCCACACAAUGUCACGGAGGAGGAGGCUCGUGGCAGCAUUGCAACCCUGGGGCCAAUUGACAUUACACCCACUGCCUCAGAGCUGUAUGAAGGCUUCACGGUGACACCUGGUCUUUUUGCCACCGGCAUCACUGCUGAAACAGCUUUCACGGAGGCAGAGAACGUGACUGAAGAGGAAGCCACACCAGUGUGGGCCAUUCCUGAAGAGGUCACCACCUGGGCACUGGAGACUUUCUACACCAGCGAGGCACCAGAGGUGAGCUCGGUGGAGGAGGCCUUGGGGGUGACUGCCACCCCAGAACUAGAGUCUGCCUCAGCAUUUACAGUGGAAGAACAGAUUGUGCAGGUGACAGCCGCUCCUGACAUCGCACUCAUUCCUGAGCAGCCCAUUUCUCCCACCGGUGUUGUAUUUCAUUACCGACCGGCCACCAACAGAUAUUCCCUCAAUUUCGUCCAAGCCCAACAGGCCUGCCUGGAUAACAAUGCUGUCAUUGCUACUCCCGAACAGCUGCAGGCGGCCUAUGAGGCUGGCUUUGAUCAAUGUGAUGCUGGCUGGCUGCGGGACCAGACAGUCAGAUAUCCCAUUGUGACUCCACGGAGCAGAUGUGUAGGAGACAAGGACAGCUCCCCAGGCGUUCGGACAUAUGGCAUGCGCCCAGCAUCAGAGAUGUAUGACGUGUACUGUUACAUUGACCGACUGAAGGGUGAGGUGUUCUUUGCAACCCAGCCAGGCCAGUUCACCUUCCAAGAAGCCCGGGAAUACUGUGAAAGCCAAAAUUUCACCUUGGCCUCGACUGGACAACUCCAGGCUGCCUGGAAGCUGGGCCUAGAUAGAUGCCAUGCCGGCUGGCUUGCCGAUGGCAGCCUCCGAUAUCCUAUUGUUACCCCACGUGCUGCAUGUGGUGGAGACAAACCUGGAGUGAGGACCAUCUACCUGAACCCUAACCAAACAGGAUUUCCUGACCCACUGUCAAGGCACCACGCAUACUGUUUCAGAGCCCUGCCAUCUCUGCAGGAAGUUGAAGGAGCUACCCCAUUCUUUGAAGAAGAUCUGAUUGCAACCCAAGUGAUCCCUGGAGUGGAGGAAGUGCCUUCUGGGGAAGAGACAACUGUGGAAACAGAGCUUGCCACUGGACCUGAAAAUCAGACAGAAUGGGGAGCAGAAGUCUUUCCAACUGACAUAUCAUUGCUAUCAGUGAGUCCAUCUGUUUUCCCUCCUGUUAGUGCAAUACCAGAAGAAACAAGUGCAGAGGCUUCUGUCAGUGGCGUGUCAGGGGACAUCUCUGCAUCUGGAGAGCCUCAAAUCAGCGGUGAACCAACAAUUUCAGGCUGGGUAUCUGGAGCCCCAGAUGUAAGCGGGGAACCAGCAUCUGGAAUUUUUGAACCUAGCGGAGAACCCUCAGGGAUUGGAGAAAGUGGAAUGCCAUCUGCAGAUCUGGAUAUCAGUGGCCUUCUUUCUGGAGAGAGUGGUCUCCCCUCGGGGGACGUAAGUGGAAUGCCCCCAGUAAUUAUUGAUGUCAGUGGUUUGCCUUCUGGAGAGGAAGACCUAGCAGUGUCUGCUUCUGGAAUCCCAGACAUCAGUGGGAUGCCAUCUGGAGAGGAAAUCAGCGAGCUUCCAGAAAUCAGUGGACUGCCUUCUGGAUUUAGUGGAGAAGUCUCUGGUGUUGAACUAACCAGUGGCCUUCCAUCUGGAGAGGAAAGUGGACUGCCAUCUGGUAUUCCUACUGUCUACAUUGACCAUACCACUUUGGUGGAAGUUGUAACAACUGCAGCAGAAAGGGAACAGGAAGGGAAAGGAGUAAUUGGGGUCAGUGGUGAAGGAGACCUGUCAGGUUUACCCUCUGCUGAAUGGGACAUCAGUGGAAAAAUCAGUGGGUUCCCCUCAGGAGCUGAUAUCAGCGGAGAACCCUCUGGCAUACCUGAUAUCAGCGGAGCACCAUCGGGAAUACCUGAUAUCAGUGGGUUGCCCUCAGGAGUGGACAUCAGCGGAAUGCCCUCUGGGAUACCUGAUAUCAGUGGAUUACCUUCAGGAAUUGAUAUCAGUGGAGCACCAUCUGGGAUACCUGACAUAAGUGGUUUUGUUGACCUCAGUGGCCUGGUUUCUGGUGGUGAUGAAAGUGGUGAGCCCUCAGGCAUUACCUUUAUAAAUGCCAGUGUGGUUGAAGUAACAACCCCUUCCAUUACAGAAGCAGAAGCAAAAGAGAUUUUGGAAAUCAGUGGAUUGCCUUCGGGAGAGGAAGAUAUAUCAGGCGCGGUAUCUGGAAUUUUAGAUGUUAGUGGGUUGCCUUCAGGGCUAGUAGACUUCAGUGGGGAUGUUUCGGGAAUGCCUGAAAUAAGUGGACUUCCAAGUGGAAUACCCGACAUCAGUGGAGAAAUCUCUGGUGUUGAGGUCAGUAGUGGCCAGCCCUCUGGUGUUUAUGAUUAUAGUGGGCUCCAGUCUGGCCUUCCCACUAUCUCUCUUGUGGAUACAACCUUGGUAGAAGUUGUAACACAGACAUCUGUCGCACAGGAGGCAGGGGAAGGGCCAUCUGGGGUGUUAGAAAUUAGUGGACUUCCUUCAGGGGAAAGAGAAACAUCUGGAGAAGUGUCUGGAAUGGUGGAUAUUAGUGGCUUACCCUCAGGGACAGUAGACAUCAGUGGGGAGCCAUCAAGUGUUCCAUAUUUUAGUGGAGACAUCUCUGGAGUCACAGACCUAAGUGGACUGACCUCAGCAGUGACUGAAGUUAGUGGGGAGGAAUCAGGACUUCCAGAAGUGACAUUAAUUACUUCUGAUCUAGAAGAAGUAGUGACAAAGCCAACAGUUUCACAGGAGCUAGGUGGAGAAACAGCUGUCACAGUCCCACAUAUCUUUGAAGCAAGUGGGGAUGCUUCUGCAUCUGGUGAAAGUAGUGCGGAAACAUCUGCAUUGCCUGAAAUUAGUCCAGAAACAUCAACAGCUUAUGAAAUCAGUGGUGAAACAUCAGCAUUCCCUGAAGCUGCCACAGAAUCAUCAACAGCUCGUGAAAUCAGUGGCGAAACAUCAGCAUUGCCCGAAAUCAGCAUUGAGACUUCAACAGUUCAUGAAACCGGUGGUGAAACAUCUGCAUUCCCUGAAAUUAGCAUAGAAACUUCAACUGUUCAUGAAACCAGCGGUGAAACAUCUGCAUUGCCUGAAAUUCACAUAGAAACUGCUACAGUUCAGGAAGCCAGUGGUGAAACAUCAGCAUUGCCCGAAAUUAGCAUAGAAACUGCCACCGUUGGUGGAACCAGUGGUGAAACAUCAGCAUUGCCCGAAAUUAGCAUAGAAACUGCCACCGUUGGUGGAACCAGUGAUGAAACAUCAGCAUUGCCCGAAAUUAGUAUAGAAGCUGCUACAGUUGGUGAAACCAGUGAUGAAACAUCAGCAUUGCCCGAAAUUAGUAUAGAAGCUGCUACAGUUGGUGAAACCAGUGAUGAAACAUCAGCAUUGCCCGAAAUUAGUAUAGAAGCUGCUACAGUUGGUGAAACCAGUGAUGAAACAUCAGCAUUGCCUGAAAUUAGCAUAGAAACUGCUACAGUUGGUGGAACCAGUGAUGAAACAUCAGCAUUGCCUGAAAUUAGUAUAGAAGCUGCUACAGUUGGUGGAACCAGUGAUGAAACAUCAGCAUUGCCUGAAAUUAGUAUAGAAGCUGCUACAAUUGGUGAAACCAGUGAUGAAACAUCAGCAUUGUCCGAAAUUAGUAUAGAAACCGCUACAGCUGGUGGAACCAGUGAUGAAACAUCAGCAUUGCCCGAAAUUAGCAUAGAAACUGCUACUGUUCAUGAAACCAGCAGUGAAACAUCCACAUUCCCUGAAACUAGCACUGACACAUCUGGCAUAUCUUUGGUCAGUGGCGAAUCUUCUGGAACACCUGAAGAGAGGAGGGAAAUUUCUACGGAUACUUCAGGAACACAUACACACACAAUCCCAGACAUCUCAGGAGAAACCUCUGCCCCAGACAUUGUAAUCAGUACCAGUAUUCCAGAUGUUGAAUUAACACAAGAGCCCAAGGGUCCUGAAGAGGCCCAGCUUGAAAUAGAGUCCUCUACUCCUAUGGUGUCAGGACAAGAGACAGAAACAGCUGCUGUUCUAGAAACUCUACUGAUAUCACCCACUGCCACUGCUAUCCUGCCUCAAGUUUCACAAGAAGCAACAGAUGUUCCAAGGCUCACUGCAGAAGUUGCACCCAAGACAUGUGAUGAGAACCCCUGUGGAGCUGGCACCUGCCAAGAACGAGAUGGAGGUAUCACUUGCUUGUGCCCACCUGGGUACAUGGGGGAUCGCUGUGAUAUAGACCUGGAGGACUGUGAAGUGGGUUGGACCAAGUUCCAGGGCCAUUGUUACAGGCACUUUGAAGAGAGAGAGACCUGGGUGGAUGCUGAGACACGGUGCCGAGAACACCAGGCUCAUCUGAGCAGCAUCAUCACCCCUGAAGAGCAAGACUUUGUGAACAACCAUGCACAGGAUUACCAGUGGAUCGGUCUCAGUGACAGAGCUGUUGAACAUGAUUUCCGUUGGUCUGAUGGGAACUCCCUACAAUAUGAGAAUUGGCGGCCCAACCAGCCUGAUAACUUCUUUGCCACAGGAGAGGACUGUGUUGUGAUGAUUUGGCAUGAGCAGGGAGAGUGGAAUGAUGUCCCAUGCAACUAUCACCUCCCUUUCACGUGCAAGAAGGGAACAGUUGCCUGUGGAGACCCUCCUGUGGUAGAGAAUGCCAGGACUUUUGGAAGAAAGAAGGACCGAUAUGAAAUCAACUCCAUGGUGCGAUACCAGUGUAACCAGGGCUUCAUACAACGCCAUGUGCCCACAAUUCGAUGCCAGCCCAAUGGCCACUGGGAGGAACCACGGAUAGCCUGCAUAAAUCCCUCCACCUACCAACGUAGACUAUACAAGAGAAGCUCUAGGAAUCGGUCAAGAACCAAUGGCAGAGCCGUACAAAGACCCACCCAUUAGAGAGGGGAGAGACACGCAGAGAAGACACAGAGAGAGAUUUUACGGAACAGUUAUAUUAACAGAGUCAAUUUCUUCUUCUUCUUGUUGCUUUUGUCAUAUAAGGGAAAAAAUUAUAUUAAAGAAAAACCCACCUUUUGUGUAUAUAUAAAAAAAAAUUCAAAGCACCAAAGCAAAGCAAAUUAGAUUACAGCAUUUUUACUAACCAUCCGGUUCCAAGUAUCUUUGUGCCUUUGGGGAUGGGGAGGGAGCAGGGGCUGUGGAGGGCAGGGGGUUAAGUUAAAUAAUAAAGAAGAUUAUUUUUUCCUGAUUUUAUCCAUGAACAAUGUAAUUAUUUCUGUUAUUUAAUCUCUGGGCCGGACAACACCUUUUUUAUUUUAAAAAAUUCUUUCACCGCUGCGGUACAGUGGGCCAGGUGGGCACGGGGCUAGCAAAUAGUUGUGAAGUGCAGCUGAAUGUAUGAGAGGGGGGGUGUGGGGGGGAGAAGACAGCAUGAAGGAGGGGGUGAAGAGGAGGGGAGGUAAAAAAGCCAGGCCCGGAUGCUUCUUGGUUUUCACUCCUUCCCUCCCACUGCUGGUUCCCCAGUGCCAAGUCUCCCUGCCCCCAGUCCGCGUGGCAAAGCAGCUCCCAUCCCAUGAUGGCGUGCUCUCUUCAGGGGACCGUGCAGGACACCAGGGUUCCCUGCACCUAUUUAUAUUUUUGAAACAGGAUGAUAAUAAUGAUAAUAAUAAAGAGAGAAAAACAUUGGAAUAAUCAUUUUUGGGGGCUGGGGGGGUAAUUUAAUUGAACUUGCUGAAAUCUCCGGGAUGCUGGUAGGAGCCUGUGUGCGCGUGUGUAGAGCUGAGUU